AUGUGGCAUUUGACUCCAUGGUCCUACUCAUCCUUCCCUCUGCUGCUUCUCACUGUACUGAGCAGACAGAUAGGACUGGAGGGGGCUCAGGGAACACUGUGCUCUCUAUGGGAAAAACAUAACAGCAGGAGCCUCUUUCAGGAUGGUGAUGUGAUCAUUGGGGGUCUUUUUAAUCUCUAUUACAUGCCUUCAUAUCCAGAGCAGGACUUCACUAAGAAGCCAUAUUACAAACCUUGCAAUAGUUUUGAGGUAAAAUUAUUAAAAUCAAUGUAUGCUAUGGCAUUUGCUGUGGAGGAGAUAAAUCAUAACAAAACCCUGCUGCAAGGAGUGAAGCUGGGUUACCGUAUACUGGACAGCUGUGGGCGAUACCCUUGGGUUCUGAAGGCAGCUCUGUCAUUAGUUGGAGGAGACGCACACAGCUGCAACUCUGCUGUUUCUAAUCCUCAGUCUGCAGAUAAUGGACAAAAUGAGGGAAACUCAGGUCAUCAGACUGUUCCUUUGCUCAUUGGUGCUACUUCAUCAACAACAGGAAUAAUAUUGUCCAGGACAUUAGGACCACUUUCUGUAAGCUACUUGGCGAGUUGCCCUUGUCUCAGUGAUAGGCAGAAGUUUCCAAAUUUUUUCAGAACUAUCCCUAGUGAUGUUUACCAAGCUCGAGCCAUUGCACAGCUGGCUAUACGCUUCAAAUGGGCCUGGGUCGGAGCAGUGAUAGUAAACAAUGAUUAUGGUCGUUUGGCUUUGCAGGUGUUUCAAGAGGACAUUAAGGGGAAAGGGGUCUGUUUAGAAUUUAUUCAGACUGUCAGUCGGGAAACAAUCAUGCAUGAUGCUGAAAAAUCAGCAAUUACAAUUCAAGCUUCAACUGCAAGGGUGAUUCUGAUUUUUUGCUGGUAUACAGAUGUAAGACAAAUAUUUCUUGCACUAGCUGACAGAAACGUGACUGACAGACAGUUUCUGGCCAGUGAGGCCUGGAGCACCAGUGAUGAACUUAUGCAAAAUCUUGCCGUCUCUAAGUUUUCAAGUGGUGUUGUUGGUGUGGCCAUACGCAGUUCAACAAUCCCUGGAUUUGAAAAUUAUCUCAGAAAUUUAAACCCAUAUGAUCGUCCAGGUGAUGUGUUUAUAAGAGAGUUAUGGGAAAGAGAGUUUGGAUGUAGUCCUGAAGCUACACACUCUCAAAAAGCACCUCUCUCAUCGUAUUCCUCUUCUCCAUCAAAUGCCUCUACUUCAUCUCCUGUUAAUAAGUCUAUUAAAAAAUCUUCCCUUCCACCCUGUAAUGGAACAGAGUCCCUGGAGGAGGUGCAGAAUGUCUUUACUGACACAUCUCAGUUGAGAGAAACAUAUAAUGUGUAUCUUGCUGUUUAUGCAGCAGCUCACGCCCUUCACAGCCUUCUCUCCUGCCCAAACAGAGACAGUCCUAUGAACAACAGCUCCACCUGCUCCUCUGCAAAACACAUCAAACCCAGAGAGCUUUUACAGCACUUUAAUAAAGUGAAUAUCUCCACACCACAUGGAGAGAGGUUUUAUUUCCAAGGGGCUGAUAUUCCACCAAAGUAUGACCUUGUCAACUGGCAGAAAACCCCUGAAGGUUCACUUAAACUUGUAGUGGUUGGUCAAGUGGAUGAGUUUGAUGUCCAAUUAAAUGAAUCAGUUAUUCAGUGGAACACAGGAUCCAAUGAGGUUCCUGUCUCAGUGUGCAGUAAGAGCUGUCCCCCAGGUACCCGAAAGGCCAACAGGAAAGGAGAACCUGUUUGCUGCUUUGACUGUAUUCCAUGUGGAGAAGGAAAAAUUAGUAAUAUAACGGGUUCCCUCCACUGUCAGCGUUGUCCAUCUGAGUUUUGGUCCAAUACUGAACAAACUGUCUGUAUACGUCGCAAAACAGACUUUCUUUCCUUUAAUGAAACACUGGGCAUUACUCUGACUACAGUUGCUGUGUCUGGUGUCAUAGUGACAACAGUUGUGUUUGUGGUUUUUCUGUACAACCGUCGAACACCUAUGGUUCGAGCCAACAACUCAGAGCUGAGUUUCCUUCUUCUUCUGUCGCUGAAGCUCUGCUUCCUGUGUUCUCUGGUGUUCAUUGGUCGUCCAUCAGUCUGGUCUUGUCGGUUCCAGCAGGCAGCCUUUGGGAUCAGCUUUGUACUUUCUGUUUCCUGUCUUCUGGUGAAGACCAUGGUGGUUCUGGCAGCUUUCCGCUCAGCUCGUCCUGGUGCUGCAGCUUUGAUGAAGUGGUUUGGUCCAGGUCUACAGAGAGGAAGUGUCUGCCUGUUCACCAGUGUACAGAUCAUCAUCUGCAUCAUAUGGUUAUCCAUCAGUCCACCAGUACCUCAUCGUGACUUGGGUAUCCAAGGGUCAAAGGUCACUUUGAAGUGUGCCAUGGCCUCUGUGGUGGGCUUCUCUCUGGUUCUGGGCUACAUCGGUCUGCUGGCCUGCUCCUGCCUCCUCUUGGCUUUUCUUGCCAGGAAACUCCCUGACAACUUCAAUGAGGCCAAACUGAUCACUUUCAGCAUGCUGAUAUUUUGUGCUGUUUGGGUGGCCUUUGUCCCUGCUUAUGUUAGCUCUCCUGGGAAAUAUGUGGUUGCUGUUGAGAUUUUUGCAAUCCUGGCCUCUAGUUAUGGUUUACUGUUCUGUAUCUUUGCCCCAAAAUGUUUCAUUAUUAUUUUGAGGCCUGAGAAAAAUACUAAGAAACACCUGAUGGCUAGAUAAUUGAUUCAUUCAACUGUGGCUAGGUUGUGUUUGUGUUAGAAGAAGAAAAUCCAGGCAUAUUAUUUGUGAGAUACUUUAAUACAAAUAGAAGUAAACUUUUCUGUGGUACA